GGGCAUCAUGGCAAAGUAGAUCCAUCCGCCUCGCCUUCAAACAGGUGUCAGUCGGACGCAGCUCCAGCGGAACUUUUAACUUUUUUUAUUUUCAUUUUUUCCCCUUCUUCUUUUAUUUUUUUAAUGUUCUCCAACAUGGUCUCCAAGCUGACGUCCCUGCAGCAGGAGCUCCUGAGCGCACUGCUGGACUCCGGACUCACCAGGGAAGUUCUGAUCCAGGCACUGGACGACAUGGACCCCAACUCGGCCAUCGGCUUCGGGGUGAAGCUGGAGCGGCUUCAACCGCCGCCGUCACCCCGAGCUCACAAAAACAGCCAUCAUCAUCACAACCGCAACGACGGCCACAACGCGGGCGGAGAGUGCGACGCCAAGCCGGUCUUCCACACGCUGAGCAACGGGCACGGGAAGACGGCCGCCAAGCUGUCCGGCGACGAGGGCUCGGAGGACGGGGACGACUUCGACACGCCGCCCAUCCUCAAGGAGCUCCAGUCACUCAACACGGAGGAGGCCGCCGAGCAGCGUGCCGAAGUUGAACGCAUGCUAGCGGAGGAUCCGUGGCGAGCGGCCCGGAUGAUCAAAGGUUACAUGCAGCAGCACAACAUCCCGCAGCGUGAGGUGGUGGACAUCACCGGCCUCAACCAGUCGCACCUGUCGCAGCACCUCAACAAGGGCACCCCGAUGAAAACCCAGAAGCGAGCCGCCCUGUACACGUGGUACGUGCGCAAGCAACGGGAGAUCCUCAGACAGUUCAACCAGGCGGCGCAAGGUUCUGGCAGCAAUAUGACAGACAAGGGCAAUCAGGAUCCGGCCUUUUUUUUCCCAGAGUUCAACUCGUCUAGUCAAGGCAUGGGUCAGACCGGCGACGAUGUCGGCGGCGAGCCGUCCUCCAAGAAAAUGAGACGGAAUCGAUUCAAAUGGGGGCCAGCCUCGCAGCAGAUCCUCUACCAGGCCUACGAGAGGCAGAAGAACCCUAGCAAGGAGGAGAGAGAAUCGCUAGUGGAGGAGUGCAACAGAGCCGAGUGCCUUCAGAGGGGUGUGUCGCCGUCUAAAGCUCAGGGCCUGGGCUCCAACCUGGUGACGGAGGUGCGUGUGUACAACUGGUUCGCCAACCGACGGAAGGAGGAAGCGUUCCGACAGAAACUGGCCAUGGAUGCCUACAGCACGCCCGCAACGCAUAGCAUCAACCCGCUGCUCUCCCACGGCUCACCGCACCACCCGCAGGGAAGCACUUCACCACCAAUGCGAUACAGUCAAGGCCCGGGCGAGGUGACGUCGUCCACCGGCAUAAGUCACCACAGCGGCAUGACCGGCGGCCAGUCGGUUCUUCAGCAGGUGUCUCCGGGGGGCCUGGACCCCAGUCAUAGCCUGCUGUCACCCGACGCCAAAAUGAUUUCAGGUUCGGGAGGCGGCCUUCCUCCAGUCAGCACGCUGACCAACAUCCACAGUUCACAUCACAGCCACCAGCAGACGCAAAACCUCAUCAUGCCGCUUUCUGGGGUCAUGGCCAUCGCACAAAGUUUGAACACGUCGCAAUCUCAGUCAGUGCCGGUGAUCAACAGUGUGGCGGGCAGCCUAGCGGCGCUGCAGCCAGUCCAGUUCUCGCAGCAGCUUCACAGUCCUCACCAGCAGAGUCUGGUGCAACAGUCGCCUGCUCACAUGAGCCAGCAGCCCUUCAUGGCCGCCGUUACACACUCGCACAUUUAUCCUCACAAGCAGGAGCCUCCGCAAUACUCGCAUCCGUCGCGUUUCCCGUCGGCCAUGGUGGUGACGGACGCCAACGGAAUCGGGACGCUCGGUUCCAUGUCGGCCAGCAAGACGGAGGCUCCGGUAAACAAGAUGGUGCCGCUCGGGGGUCUCUCCUGGCUUCUUGUUCCUUGGAGCUGA